UCCCUUCCUGUAUGCGAAAGCGAAACCGACCCUGGGAGGGAGGAAAGGAGAAAAAAGUUCGAAGUUCUCAAGACUCCUGGUAUGUCUAAAAAUUGCACUUGCUUCUCCAGCCAGCUGAUGGUCGGAAAGUGAUUCGAUGCCAAGUCGAAAGCUGUGACGCUUGUUUUGUAUAGCAUUUAAGACAAAGCUGCUCUUAGCUGCUUUAGAGUGUAACCGACAUUUCUGUAGGGGAGUCAGGAUUCCCUCUACUGUUACAGGUGACCAGACUCCUGAAGUUGCCUUUGCGUUCCUAGGAAUACUUCGUGUUCCAGACGGAUGGUCAGGGAACCAUGAAUGAUUCAAUGUUCAGUAUUCUUUUUGAAAUUGAUGAAGACUUGGACUCCAGUGAAAUUGAGGCCUUAAAAUUCCUGUGCCUUGAUCACAUCCCGAAGAGGAAACAAGAGAACAUUAAAGAUGCCAAAGGCUUAUUCCUCAGUCUUCGAGACAAAGGCCUGCUUGACAUGGAAGAUUAUUUCAUCGUCGCUGAACUUCUGUACAUAAUUAAGAGGGUCAAGCUGCUGGGACUCUUGGGAACUUCCAAACAGCAUGUUCAAGAAAGACUCAAGAAUCGAGUGGACUCACGGACCGGUAUCUCUUCGUACAGGAGGAUGCUGUAUGAGCUCUCUGAAGAUGUAACAGACGAAGAACUCAAAAGCGUUAAAUUCUUUCUGAGUGAGAAGAUUCAGAGAUGCAAAUUGGAUGUCAGUGCAUCCUUCCUAGAUGUUUUAAUAGAAAUGGAGAAACAGGAGAUACUGGGAGAAGACAUGCUCAGUGAGUUGGAGGGGAUCUGCAAAAAAAUCAAUAUGAAUUUGGUGCAAAGGAUCAUGGAGUACAAACAGAGCAGAGAAGAAGAGCCUUGUGCGAUGGAAGCCUCCACAGACUUGACUCGCCAGCAGCCCCAACUGAAUCUCCAGGAGGCUCAGUCAGUCCGACCUCCCGUCAAUAAUAGUGUACGUGAACGAACAUUGAGUCUGGAUGGUCUUCCCGUAGCAAUACACAGUGAGUCGGAGGUUUAUGACAUGAGAAACAAACCACACGGAUACUGUCUUAUAAUAAACAACAAGAACUUUGACAAGGGGAGACGGCGAUAUCCGGAAAAGUAUCUGAAAGACAGGAUCGGGACAGACAUAGAUGCAGCGUCUCUAACCAGCACCUUCGAGACUUUGGACUUUGAAGUGAUCCGGCGGGACGACCUUGCGGCUUCCGAAAUCCUGGCUUUCAUGGAGGAAUACGGCAGGAAGGACCACAGGCAGAGAGAUGCCUUCGUGUGCUGCAUCCUGUCUCACGGGGUGAAGGGAGCGAUUGAAGCCAGCGAUGGGGAGCCUGUGCUCAUUCGCCAGAUCACCUCCUAUUUCACCAGUAGCAACUGCGUGUCUCUCAUCAGGAAGCCAAAGCUGUUCUUCAUCCAGGCUUGUCAGGGGCAGAACAAGCAGCCAGGGGUGUCGAUUGUCUCCGACGGACAUUCUGAGGCCCAACGUGAAAUCGAAGCCGAUGCAGGGGUGAUCCAGCAGGAUACCAUCCCCGACGACUCUGACUUCCUGCUGGGCAUGGCGACCGUGGAAGAUUAUCUAUCCUACCGGAGCACUUCAAGAGGCUCGUUCUUCAUCCAGGCGCUCUGCAAGCAUCUCCAGGAGGGAUGCAGAAAGAACGAAGAUAUUCUGUCCAUCCUGACGAAAGUCAACAGAGAAGUGAGCCAAGGAACCUAUGUCAACGCCAAGCAGAUGCCUGAGCCAAGAUACACCCUGACCAAGAAACUCAUCUUCCCCGUGUCCUGAGAGUCUUCACGUAUUGUUGAAAUUGCAUCUGUUGUGUCAUUUUAAUAAACUGUUUAAUACAAA